UCCGCCUAGAACAUAGUACCCAUGAAAAGGUAUUGACAAUUUGACUUUCUAUGGAAUACUAUAUACCAUAUUUGUUUAAUCAAUAUUCAAGCUAUCAGCUUUAAUACUUUAAGCGUAUGUUUCUCUGGGCAGAAUUCCGAGAUCCACGGUUCUAUCCCAGUUCGUGUGAAUCACUACCAUCAAUCGCUACGAUAGGGGGUCGAUCGUGAAAGUUGAUUGAUCGCUUUGAAGUUGUCCGAUUAACUAAUAUGAUGUAAACUCUGUUCUGAUGGGCUAUAACGGAAAGUUAUUUGGUUGCUAGGACUAACAGAGGCUGCAAGGCUGGGUACGUCUCAGGCGGAGCUGAAGGACGGUACAACUAGAGCGCCUAUUAUCCGGUUUUUGUCGUGCCAACGUGCUAUGGAACUUAAGCCUUCCUAGGAGAAUCCAGAUCACUUCGAAACGUCGGCUGUCAUUUUCAACAUGUACCACCAAGAUGUAAAAUUUUUUAUGUUUGUGGUAUGGUUCGACUCAAGAUUGAAACUUUUGCUGAUGAAAUAAUGUUUUUGUGGAUGCAUGUCAAUUAGAUUUACGAGGCUACAAACUGUUCAUUGUACAUUGGCAGGGAAAAAAUGGCUAUGUAUGGUUCAGUUGUAACACCGGUGUGGUGCAAUGGGGAUGGACAUGGUAACCAAAGGUGUGCAUAAUGUUAUUGAGUUCCUCAGUGAUGAUUCCCCUGACAUGGAUGUGAUCGGAAUCUCUGGUGAGUUCCUUUUGUAUGUUAUUGGUUUGAUUUUAAAACAAUGCAUUUUAGCUUAGUGUCAUCUUGAGACUUAAAAAGUUGAAAUUUAUUGGUCAGAUAACUUCUUCUCCGACAUUAACAAACCUUCUGUGGUGAACUGCAUCAGUAAUUAGAAGAGAUAUAGGGAACAAGGUGUUGAAAACGAGUGUGUCUGGCUUGGUGGAGCUCAAUAUACUCAAGAAUCUCACCGUCUAUGUUGUUGCAGGCUCUCUAGGUCAAUUCAAAUCUCAUGCCAGCAACAUAGUGUUUGAUGUAUUCAUAGCUACUUGCCAAGAUCCAGCACAAAACAUGGAGAGCUCUCAAAUUGAUGGAAGCAAUUAAUAGCAAUCACCGUACCUUCACUAUCUCCACCAUCACUGAAGAUACCAUCAUAGAGAACCAUGACAAGGUUGUCUAAUUUUACUUGUCAUCACGUUCAUGUAUUUCAGGAGCACAGUGAGAACAUUCUUCCAAGCAGUGAAGGUGACGUAGGAUUGGCAGCAUCAUCGGGCCCGUCUGUUUUGGGAGACAAGGUCGAUGAGGAAUGUGCUGCAGCAGAUCCUCCAGAGAUUUCAGACGCUCAGAACAACCGCAAGCGCUGCCGUGAGUGAUUGGAAAUAUCUAUUAUAUUCAUAUCAGCCUGUCAAUGUCUUUUCGAUGCAUUUUUAAAAACUGCUAUUAUCUUUGUAUUCCAUCAUAAACUUUGGAUAUUUUUUCCCUUGCGUGUUUUCUCUGUUCGGAGAUUUUAUUUCUAUUUUGGAUUAUUGUGAAACGUCGACGGGUUCUAACUCAUACAAGAUUUGUCAGUGGUGUAUUUUUUUGGUUUACCUAUUUCUGACAUUUUUUUGUCCACCAUAAACUAUUUUUAACAAAGUCGAGUAAAACUCUAAAAAUAAAUAAUUUUGCAACCGUAUAAUUUUAUAAAUUUUUCUAGAGUUAUUAAUUUUUUUUAAAAAAUAGUUUAUUACAAUUCUAUAUUUUGAAAUUAAUUUAGGUAAAAUAAAAAAAUAAUUUAAUUUAUUGUUCGAUAAAUUGUUUAAUUUUUUGAAUUCAAAUUUUAUAUUUUGUUCCUUACACUAUUUGUUUUAUAUACUAACAACUACCUAAGUAAAUACUAAACAACUUCAUAAACUUUAUCUUUUGAACAUGAAAGCGCUAAUAAAGCUAAUGGUCGAUCAAAUCAUUACGAAAAUAAUGCAUAUGAAUUCGCCGGUCAUUCUUAUAUCAACUUAAUCAAACUGUGUGACUUCCAAAUGUUAUGUUCAUCACCAUUAUAUACAACAAGGAAAAACAAAAGUGGAAAAAAAUAAACGACAAAAUCCCGUACCAAAAACUACACAACGAUCAAUAACUUAUCCGGCUCCGCGCUUGCGCGUAUAUCCCAUUUAAACAAAGCCCAGCAAAUUCAGCGCGUAUACCUUACGGGCCCAAAGUACUUGUAGAGUCUUUGCAGUGCAGAGAGAGGGAGAGAGGAGCCAAAACCCUAAUCCUUUUGAAAUGUCGUUGACAGCCAUCGAUUCCGGUCAAGAGCCACCGUCGAAGAAGCCGGCGAUAGAACCUACGACAAAUCUGCCACUUCCAGAAGAGCUAGUAUUGGGUUGCUUAGCCCGCGUCUCAAGAUCGCACUACCCCAUUCUCUCACUCGUCUCCAAGAUCUUUCGUUCGCUCACUUCUUCACCGGUUCUUUACCAGACCCGAUCUCUCUUAAACCGCACCGAGAACUGUCUCUAUGUGUGCUUGCAGUUCCCCAAUGACCCUAACCUCCGCUGGUUCACUCUCUAUCGGAAACCCGACAAAGCGCUUAACAAUAAGAAGAAAAAGAAAAAGGAGACUUCGAGUGGGUAUGUUUUGGGUCAGGUUCGGAUUGGUCAUAGGCUCUACGCCAUCAGCGAUGGCCCCUGCUCUUCUAACGUCUUCUUCCUCGACUGUCGAACGCACGCGUGGGUCGAAACUCCAAGCCUGAGGUUUGAUCACUCCUUACCAGAGUGCGGUGGAAUGAUGUAUUUACCAGGAGGCUCCGAGAACCCAGAUUCUCUGAAAUGUGUGGAAGUGUUUAACGUAAUGACACAAAUUUGGAACCCCGUGCCUCCCGAGGAGAAGAUAUUCAGACUCAGAGAUUUACAAGGAAGGGCUUACAAGAACAAUGAUGUAGUGGCGUCUCGUAGGUCGCCUGUGGUUGUAAGGCUAAAGGAUUAUACAUUGCACUUGGUAGGAUCUGAUACUCUUUGUUUGAUAGAGAAUACAUUUUAUCGCUAUGACGCAUCGUCCAGUGGGAAGCUAGUUUGGUGUAACCGUGAUACCGAACCAGAUGUUUGGAGGAAACCAGAUGUUUGGAGGAAAGUUAAAGGUUUGGAAGGACUGCCUAAGUUUACCCGCUAUAGCAAUGUUUAUCUGGUUGAAAGUGGUGGUAAGUUGGUGGUGUUUUGGGAUACGUGUGUGCCUGCACGUGGUGGGUUUAGGGAGAAGACGAUUUGGUGUGCAGAGAUCUCGUUGGAAACGGGCAGCGGUGAUGGGGUUUGGGGAAAGGUAGAGUGGUUCGAUGCUGUGCUUACAGUACCAAAGUCUUACAAAUUCGUGUAUGCUAUUGCUGCUACCCUUUGAAGGGAAUGAAUCAGGUUAUGUUUUGUUAGUAUAUUUCAUUUCUUGAAGGUAUGUCAUGUUUCUUGUAGAUGAUUAAGCUUAUUAUGUAUCUGUCUCUUUGAUUUCAAACUCUUUAGGCUACUCUUCGAUGAAUGAGUCAUGAGACAAGCGGCUUCCAACUUGUAUGUGUUUGUCUUGUGUUUUUAGCUACUUGUAAACCUAUGCAUUCACUUUUAGCAUAGUUUUUGUCUUUUAAAACGCUUUUUGUUUGUUGA